GCCUCCAAAUCCAAAUCCAAAAACCCAUUAUAAUCCAUAAACAAACAAUCCCCUCCUCCUCUCCAAUCUCCAUUCCCUCUCGAGAAGAAGAAGAAAUCGCAACAAUUUGACGGCCAUGGCGGUGUCGAUCGAGCUGACCAAGGAAUACGGGUACGUGGUGCUGGCGCUGGUCGCCUACGCGUUCCUCAACUUCUGGAUGAGCUUCCAGGUCGGCAAGGCCCGCAGAAAGUACAAGGUGUUCUACCCCACCAUGUACGCGGUCGAGUCGGAGAACAAGGACGCCAAGCUCUUCAACUGCGUGCAGCGGGGGCACCAGAACUCGCUGGAGAUGAUGCCGCUGUUCUUCGUCACGCUGCUGGUCGGCGGGCUGCAGCACCCGCUCGUCGCCGCGGGGCUCGGGGUGUUCUACGCCGUCGCGAGGUUCUUCUACUUCAAGGGCUACGCCACCGGCAUCCCGGACAACCGCCUCAAGAUUGGGGGGCUGAACUUCUUGGCGAUCUUUGGGUUGAUCAUCUGCACGGCUUCGUUCGGCAUCAACCUGGUCCUGAGGGAAUCCAUCUGAGCUCUUCAGUUGAUCCAUGAGCUGACCAGCUGAGAGCUUCCGUUGCGACUUGUGAUGUUGCCUAUAGGCGUAUAGGUCUUGUGACUUCAGUCAGCUAGAUUUUAGUCUCUGUUUUUCCUUUGGUGUUAAUAAGGCUGGUUGUAGUUCCAUCUUAAAAAUACGACUACAUGGAGAUGGAUUUGCAGUCUUCCCUGUUCCUUUCUACUCUACUUCCUUUGUAGAGGGGUUGUACUGUUAAGAUUUACCUUUCACCACAUCAUCAGUGUUAAGUGCAGUUGUAAAUUUCUUUAUAAGUUUAUCAUGUCUUGUCCUGCGAUGGGAAAUGAUUAACAACGUCAAUGCAGUACGUUUUUUUA